UUGCUUUUUGGAAAACUUGAUCAAAUUUGAAUAUUGAAAUGAACUUUAGGGAACAUUUUGAGUACCCAGAAGUCUAUUCGACUCCAACGACUCCAUUGUCCCACAGAUAUCAGACUGUUCCACAGCCAAGAAUAGCAGUCGUACAGCCCAGUGAGUCCUUCUAUGUGCACUGCCAGGAUGCGCCACAAGAUCAGCCCCCAAGAUGUGUUCGGGACUAUCGACGCAAGUUUUGUGCAAGGAUUGCAAAGUUAAAUCAACAAAGGGUCAAAGAACGUCGUAAGAUCAUAUUAAAAGACCGCGUGGAUUGUCUCUCAGAGAGAAUGGAGAGGGUGAGGAUAGUGAACGCUGACUACCAUAAAAAGCGGAAUCAGAACUGGCGGAAGAUCUGCGAACACAUUGCUAAUGAUAUGCAGAAGCAUCUACAAAGACGGGAGCGCCAGCUGAUUGAGAGAGUCGAGAAUCUGCGAAUGCACAACGGACAGGUGAAGAAUCGAUGUGAGCUUUUGAGGUACGGAAAUUAUCUACGACGGAUUGCACGACAGCAUGAGGAGAGACGGAAACGAAGGAGUAUCUUUUAGUUGAAAAUACAUCCAGUUGAGACAUAUCUGGGCAUAUUUCCGACUAAGUCUUACUGGCAGUUUCUGCUCCUGUCACCUCAAUUUCAAUACUCAAACUUUGAGUAUGAGAAAUGUUUGUAUUCAUUCCGUGUCGGGCUCAAAAAGUUGCAUCAAAGUUAAAGGGCGUUUCAAUGCGUCAAAAGUUUCCACAU